AUGUUUCUGAAUCCCAUUUGGGGUACUUUCGAUUUGGCGCAGUGCAAGCAAGAUGUGAACUUGACUGUCAGUGUGGUCAGAGAGCUAAUGGGCGAGCAGCUUUUGAACGGUGAUAAGGCUCUCUGUGUCGGUGAAGGAUCAGCCUCGGCCGUGAUGGCGUUGCAAGAUUUGGGGUUUCCCAAUGCUCGUGGUGUUUAUGAACACCGAUUCUUCUCCCUCAAGCGCAAACAGUUUGGGUAUGAGAUUUACUAUGAGGACAAGUCUUUCGAUUUCGUGUUCUGCAGGGAUCUAGACAAGGUUUCAGUCCCUGCUCUGCUUGUGCUCGAGAUUGAGCGCGUUCUUAGCCCAGGUGGAAUUAGGGCUAUGCUUGUUGGUAGCAGUGGUUUGGCUCCGAAUAGCCUGAUUAGGUCUGCUACCCCAAUUUCUUCAUUGCUGAAGAGCUCCAGUGUCAUGCAUGUUAAUUAUAUCAGCAAUUUCACACUGGUUGUGUUCAGGAAGAGUUACGAAAAUGCGGGUCUAUUUGAGCAGUAUCGCCUUCCGGCUAACUGCCAAUCCCUCACGAACAAUAGACCUUUGAUCGAGAAAAUGGAGCCUCUUGUGAAGGAAAAGCCAGUGAAGGACGGGAAGAUGGCUACUUAUUUGCCUAAUUUUAUUGAUGUUUCCUCAAAGAAGCGGUUGGUCUAUAUCGAUAUUGGGGCAGCAGAGCACCUGAAAUCAAAUGUCACAGACUGGUUCCUUCCUUCUUAUCCGAUUACACACAGAGCUUUCCAUGUCUAUUUUGUUGACCACAACACUUCUGUGCUAUUGUCUUAUGUCAAAAAGCCGGGAAUCACCUUCGUUUAUCAUCCAGGGCUAGCUGGAAUUAAGGACAAGGACAAUGUUAACAUUGAAGCAGAUGCAGAGCCCUAUGUCUCAGAUGAAGGGUUUGAUUUUCUUGUUUGGUUUAAAGAAACAGUGCAGCAUGCCGAGUUUGUGGUGCUGAAGAUGAAUGCAGGCAGUGUGGAAUUGAAGUUCCUCAUCCACACGAGGCCACUUCCAAUUCCCUGA